UUUUCCCUUCCCUUUCUCCCUCCUCUCCCUGUAGGGCGCCCUGAGCCAUCCAUCCCUCCCACCUCCGAGUGUUUCUAUAGUAAUUUCCAGCCAAUGAUCAGUAGGUGUCCACAUCCCUGCUUCCUCACCUCAGCACCAAUCAGCCACACACAAGCGACAGGAGACACGGACCGAGCGGAGACGCACAAUACAGCCCCCGAUCAAGCGGGAGAGGAAACACCUCAGCCAAAAACACCCUCUGCGAUUUGAAUUUUCACAUUUUCAAACCCCCUCCAGGUCUUGUCUUCUCCCUCCCCGUCUUUUCAAGCCUCUUUGGCUUAUUUGUGGUAACUUUUUUCUCUCCAACGUGACAAGAAAGUCGAUAAAAAUGAUCCUUUUGUUUUGAGCGCACACACUCAGUCGCCCCGCUCUCCUCGGCUGCUUCUGUCUGCGCGUCUUCUCCGCGUCUUUGCCAUUAUUUUUUUUUUCCUCAGCACCCCCCAACACGCAUCGCCUCGCAGUAAUGUGCCGUUACAUGGUCGCAGGCUGGUAGCAUCUUGGGAGCUCUUCUCAACGGGAACCUGCACUGGAGAAGAUAAACCAGGAUGGUAACACAUUGCUGGUAACCAGCUUCAGUUUGACAAAGGCCGCUGUAACCUCACUCUCUCCUCCUAAACGCUGACAACCGCUCCUCAGCCAUGUCUAACAUAAACAAUGCGCUUUGCAUUGAAAACGGACAGAAUGCAGAUGUGUCGCUCUUACAAAAGGAUAAUCUUCAGGAUGGUGGAUUAAGCCAGCUUUUGGAUUAUAACGCAGAAAUGGAAAGGUACAGGUCUUUUGCAAACUUUUAUAAAACCAAUGGGGCAUUUCCACAGACUGCAAAGAUUGCCCGUAUCACGACGCCCAUUUUUCCCAGUGCGAGAAUUGGUAUGUCCCCUUGGAACUGUGAUAACGCCAUGCUCUGGGGAAGGAAAUCAGCGGCAAUAAACCCUAAUAGGACCAGCAUGCAUAGAAAUGACUCCCAGAGGCCGGGGAAGCCUGGCGUGCCGCCAGAGACGCUGCAAAUGGCAAAUAAUAAUUUCCUCUCUACCUUAUCCCCCGAACACUGCAGACCUUUAGCAGGAGAAUGCAUGAACAAGCUGAAAUGCGGCGCUGCUGAAGCAGAGAUAAUGAAUCUCCCAGAACGCGUUGGAACUUUUUCCGCUAUUCCGGCUUUAGGGGGCAUCUCAUUACCUCCCGGGGUCAUCGUCAUGACAGCCCUUCACUCCCCCGCAGCCUCAGCAGCCGUUACAGACAGUGCGUUUCAAAUUGCCAAUCUGGCAGACUGCCCACAGAAUAAUUCCUCAGCAUCCAGUGGAAACCCAGCGAAGAAGAAAAGGAAAAGGUGUGGGGUCUGUGCACCCUGCAGGCGGCUAAUCAACUGUGGUGUCUGCAGCAGUUGUCGGAACCGCAAAACGGGCCACCAGAUCUGCAAAUUUAGGAAAUGCGAGGAGCUGAAGAAGAAGCCAGGCUCAUCGCUGGAGAGGACGCCGGUGAACAACGGCGAAGCUUUUCGGUGGUUCUUUUAGAAAGGCGAGCCGUGGCCGCCCCGUCCAGCAGGAGGGCAGGUGGGACUCUUGACUCUCUGCCAGGAGCACUUCAUGGGUUCACAGGACCCGACACGCCCAACACAUUCGGAGAGGACGAGAGAAGAGAAAGCGGACAGACAAAAAGAUAAAACAUAAUGGUGUUGUUUUAACUCUGUAAUUUACUUUUCUGUGUAAUUAUUGUACCUUUUGACAGUAUCAUAAUGUAUAUUUUUGGUGUCUAUGAAUGUGUUUUCAGUGUUGUGGCUGUGGGUUUUACAGCCAAUCCUAUGUAAAGGACUCAAACAGACAAUCGUACAGUCACACUGAAUCCGUCAAACAGAAGAGGCCACAAUUAUUGAUGAUAUAACGAGCAAAACACACUUCCUUCUGGAGCAAUAAUCUAUUCUGUUGAUUAUUCUUCAACCUCUCCUUUUUUCUGUUGACUUCAAUUAUUUUUAAUGAAACUGGUUCAUAAUCCGGGUUUGUCUUUAAUUCCAUCUGAAAACCAAGUGCUAGCGUUGAGGCUGGAUGUGUCUCACCAAGGGGGACGACGCGACGGAUGGCAGCGGUGCUUCUGUGACGGGCUUGCUGAUGCGUUUCCUUAAUUUGAGUGGACUCGCUGCAGAACAGGGCACAUUGUCUUGUGUGGUGAGCGUCACUUCUUCAAACUCUAAUUGGGCGUCAUUUGAUUGUGACAGCGCCAGAUGUUUAUGGGCGACGCUGCUGUCUGGAGGUCAUUUCUCAAAGAUGAUCCAAGUACAUGUUUUUAACUAAACUACAUAGGUCAACAUACCUUUUUUUGUUUAGUUUUUUUCUUUAUUUGGAUCACUAAAGGUUGUACCUGUCUAAAAGGUAGGGAGCAAUGGCAGUAAGGAAUCGUAGGUUAUGUUGAAAGCAUUCAAAUUUAGAAUUAAACACAGAAUACUACACAUAUUCGACAUAUCAUGUUGUUCUGGAGCUAAAGGAUAGUCUGGACUUUUCCUCUGCAGUCCUUUUACUCCUGCAAAGUAACGUUAAUACAUUCCAAAAACAAAAAUUAUUCAAUAAGUUACUCAUUGUCUUAAACCCUAUUGUUGCAUGUGUAAAUGUGUUUUGGUUUUAAAGAUUACUAAGGAUUUGUAUAUUGUUGUUGUGAUGCUUUUAUGUGUUAAAAUAAAAAAAAAAUGGCUUCAGUAAAA